AUGUCCUCCGCUGGUACAACCUGGUAUAUGAAACUUUCUACUAGCGCAUCCAAAAACUCUCACAUACAGAUCGUCGGCUACGAUGAUCCUAUCAAGCUUCAGAAAUUGAAACUGUCUCGUACAACACGUCUCAACCGACUUCGAUCAACACGUUGUUCAAAAUCUCUCCUCGCAGCUCUAGUCAAGACAAUACAUAUUACCGAUCUUAAUACCUCCUUAUACCUUCCUGAUGACGACCCAAGCUCCGAAUACGACGCCUAUCUCCGGCACGUUGGCCUCCCCAGUCACAGCACGUCCAAUCUUGAGGGUUUGAUGGGUUUCAUCCUAUUUUACAACCAUGCAUUUAAUCGUUUGAUGUAUGCCAUAUCACCAAGGACUAAACAGGUUUGGAUUGCGGCAGAAAAUGACGACGCGAAAGGAAGAAGUCAGAGACAACUUCCUCCAGGUCUUUGGAUGAGCAUCGGGCCUUUCCGUUCAAGCUCUACCAUGAGCGCUGGCAACUUCUUGAAACACUCAUACUUUGCUCACCCGGCCGCCGCGGCGUGA